CCGGAUAUUGAUACCUUAUCCGCGAAAUAAAAGAAAACAAACGGACGUUCAAUUUAUUCCAUCAAACUCGUCUGUCCAGGAUAAUCCAGCUGAUCACAGGAAGAAGUAGAGGGUGUAAAUGAAGGGUACAUUUGUUGUAUGGGUCGAAGGAAAAGUUAAGGAAGUGACGAAUGGGAAAAUGAAUUACAAAGAUGUGAAAUAUACACAGUUAUCUAAUAAAACAGAAGUAUGUUCCAGAUGUUGUACUCCACGUAAACUCUUCACCUAUUUCUUUAUUCUUACUGUAACAUUAAUUGGACUACUAGUUACAUGCUAUAGUCAUAGCAGUGUGUGUGAUAAAAAUGAUUUUCGGAAGGUGCAUAUGAGACAAACGAAACGAAGACUGCCUCACUGUAUUAUCAUUGGAGCUAGGAAGGCAGGAACAAGAGCAUUGCUAACUUAUCUUGGGGUUCAUCCAGAUAUUCAAACUGCUCAGUAUGAAGUGCAUUUUUUUGAUAAUCAAGAUAAUUAUGAUUUUGGAUAUGGAUGGUACCUAAAACAAAUGCCUUACUCAUUUCCAGACCAACUGACAAUUGAGAAAUCCCCUGCAUAUUUCACUGAACCGUUUGUUCCUGGUAGAGUUUAUAGUUUGAACUCUACCAUCAAGCUACUGCUGAUUGUCAGGGAUCCAGUACAAAGAACUAUUUCAGAUCAACUACAGCUGAAUUUUAAAGGACAGGACAUGGGUUUGGAAGUGAAACCUUUUGAAGAAUUAGUUCUUAAUCCUAAGACUGGAAAUAUUGAUAUGAACUUUAAACCAGUUCAAAGAUCAUAUUAUGAUGUAUACAUGAAAAAUUGGUUGAAAUAUUUCCCAUUGAACCAAUUUCACAUUGUGGACGGUGAUCAGCUAAUAUCUGAUCCUUAUCCUGAAAUCUAUAAAGUAGAAUCAUUCCUUGGACUAAGACAUGCAAUACCUCAAUCUGACUUUGUUUACAAUGCUACUAAAGGUUUUUAUUGUCUAAAAACAGAUACAGCAUACCAAAAGUGCUUAUCAGGGACAAAAGGUCGUUCUCAUCCUCAUAUACAGAAGGAAGUUAUUGAAAAACUUAAAGAUGUAUUUUGGAAACAUAAUGAAAACUUCUUUGAACUGGUCAAUCGGAGAUUUUUUUGGAACAAUAAAACCAUGACAUCAAAGAUUGGUAAAUAAAGUAAUAGUAAUACCUCAUUCUACCACACGGCAUAAGAAAUCAAAUUAACAUUAGUAUAGAUGGAUUUUUCCUCAUAGUUAUAUAUAGGUUUUCUGUAAGUUAAUCAAAGUACUGAUUUUGUAUUAUUAGUUCAAAUAUACAGGUUAAAGGACAAAUAUUACAACUACCAAUCAGAAAAAUCAGUAGAGGAUUUUGUACUCAAGCAUAGUCAUGUAAUAGUUAAAUUUAAAAAUAUGACUUCCUGUUAUAAGGUUUUUAUAUUUCAGCAAGGUUUGUUCUAUAAAUUUUUAUAAACGUCAGAAACUGCAUUUUCAAUUGUGAUCUGCAUUGAGUUUAUUAAGUCAGAUGUGCCAAUAUCAUUUUUUUUUAUUAUAGAUAUCUGAUUUGCCAAAAUUUGCCAUUUAUUUUUAUGUCUUUUUUUCUUGCCUUAAGUAGACAUAUUGUCUUCAUUGUCAUUCGUGCUGUUUUGUUUCUGUCUCAUUAAAGUAUCACCCACUUGUCCUUUUAUUCAUAUGUAUUCAAUAUUUUUUGGAUUUGUUUGGCACUUGAAAAAAGUUAAAAUCAGUUGAAUUGAAAGCAGAUUUCGAAGAUCUUAAGUGAUAAAAAUUCAAGCAAACAAGAAAAGUUUGCAGAAGGCAGAAAAUAUUCUUAUUUAACCCCGCCACAUUCUGUAUGUGCCUGACCCAAGUCAGGAGCCUGUAAUUCAGUGGUUGUCGUUUGUUGCUGUAUAUCAUAUUUUUGUUUUUCGUUCAUUAUUUUGAACAUAAAUCAGGCUGUUUGUUUUCUCAUUUGAAUUGUUUUACAUUUGUCAUUUCGGGGCUUUUCAUAGCUGACUAUGCGGUAUGGGUUUUACUCAUUGUUGAAGGCCGUACAUUGACCUAAAGUUGUUAAUUUCUGUGUCAUUUGGUCUCUUCUGGAGAGUUGUCUCAUUGGCAGUCAUACCACAUCUUCUUAUUUUAUAUUGUUUAUUAUUUGAAAAUUACAAAAUCAACACUACUUAAUGUAUUUAUUGCAAAUUUCACAAUUUUAUAUUGUUCAAAAGCAUUAUAUAUAUAUAUAUCUUGUUCUAUGUAACAGUUGUUGUACAUUUAUAAAAAUAAUCUAUUUUCAUACAAUAUAGAAGCUUGUAACAGUAUCAUAUAGAAUUAAACAGUAGAGAAAAAAACAUACCGGUAUAUUAUAUAAAUGGUAGAAAUUAAGUAAAUAGAAGAUUCACAAUGUUCAUAAUUUUGUUGUUUAUCUUUUACUUACUACAUUGUUGAUAUAAAAAAUAAUGUAAGAUUUAUACAUCAGUGUUUUUUACCUGCACAAUUUAAUAUUUUUGUAACAUAUUCAUUUUUAUAAUUUUCCACUAACAGCACAAAGACUGUAGAUUUUUAUACUUACUCAGAUUUUUUGCGGCCACAUAUGAAUGAGAUAGGUGGUUAUUGUUGUCUGAUUGUAGACCCAAUGGUUUUAAGCAUUAUAACUUUUUUAGUAUACUGAUCUUCCUGAAGUAAUCACAAUAAAUAAAAGCUGGUAUUGUAAAUUUGGAUUGUGGCCAAACCAAUUCCAUUAUAAAAACCAAAAGAGCUUUUAAAAUUUCAUGCAUCUUUUUUUUUUUAUAAAUUUUGUCCCAGCUGUCAUAUGAUAUCAGGGAUUCUUUGUAACAUAAUACUGUAUCUAAAACAUCAUGUGUCAAACAUAAAACUGAAUCUUAAAACAUCAUUUGUAUCAAACACUAAACUGAAUCUUAAAACAUCAUGUUUCAAACAUAAGACUGAAUCUUAAAACAUCAGGUGUCAAACAUAAAACUAUAUCUAAAACAUCAGGUGUCAAACAUAAAACUGAAUCUUAAAACAUGUAUCAAACAUAAAACUGAAUCUAAAACAUCAUGUAUCAAACAUAAAAAUGAAUCUUAAAACAUCAUGUAUCAAACAAAACUGAAUCUAAAACAUCAUGUGUCAAACAUAAAACUGAAUCUUAAAACAUCAUGUAUCAAACAUAAAACUGAAUCUAAAACAUCAUGUGUCAAACAUAAAACUGAAUCUUAAAACAUCAUGUUUCACUCAUACAACUGAAUCUUAAAUCAUCAUGAUUUAAACAAAAGACUAUCUUAAAACAUCAGGUGUCACUCAUAAAACUGAUUUAAAACAUCAUGUUUCAAACAUAAAACUGAAUCUUAAAACAUCAUGUGUCAAACUUAAAACUGAAUAUAACACACACAUGUUUCAAGCACAAUUCCUAUGUUGUUAACGCUCUGCUCCAUGUAAACAAUUAUUUAGCUCAUCUGGACCAUGUGAUUUAUAGGCAUCACUAACAUCUGUUGUCUGUCCAUAAUCUUAUUUCAAAAUGUUCUCCUGUGAACCAGAUUUUGAUUGAUCGUUGAGAUUUAUAGAUAAAUUAUAUAAGAUUUUGAUUGGUCGUUGAGAUGUAUAGAUAAAUUAUAUAAGAUUUUGAUUCACCAACAAAUUUUUUUAAUAAAUUGUCUCCUCUGAUACAGCUGAAAAUUUUUUACCAAUUUCAAAAUUGUUCUGGGACUUCUUGAAGAGUUAUAGCCUUUGAAACAGGUUUGAAAUAUAUUGCACAGAUGAAGUAAAAUGAAAGAAAAAAUAAUGUAGAAAUUUUUUGUACUACAACUAAUGCUUCUGACUUGUUCUUGUUUCUCAAGUGUCAGGUUAGUGAUUCAGUGUUCUGGGAGCCACUAGUUUUGAAGUUAUCAACAUGUUGCACUUCUCUCUCUCACAAGGCAUUAUUAGUAUUAAGUAGUAUUUUUUUAAUCAAGCAUUACUAUUUUUGAAAUAUAAAUCCAUAUGCUUCUUUUGCUUUCGGAAAUUUUUACACAGUUUGGAUAUUUUUAGAUUUGGACAAUUCUAUUUCGUAUAAAUUGAAUUUUUCAACGGUUUCUAUUUGGAAGAUUUAUAACUUAAGGUUAUAUUAUUUAAGAUAUUCAUAAAUAUCACAUAUGUAUUAUAAGCUAUUUUGGAUAUAUAUGUGAAAACACCAACUCAUCAACACAAAAUUACAUUGUCCCAAUAUGGACUAAUCAUAAUAAUAAUAUGAUUAUAAUAAAUUCUUUAUUAAUAGAGGGUAGCUAGUUACAACAAACAAAUGUUUCCUGAGGCCUGCACAUACACAUUACAAUACAAUCAAAAACAGAGAUUUACACAUAGUUAAUUUACAGUCAUAUAGUUCAAUGUACCAUUAUAAAAGAUAAAGCAGUUAAAGAGGUACAUGUAGUAAAAAAUAACAGACAUAAAAUAACAAAUAUAAUAAACAAAUCAAAAUAAUACAUUGUAGAAAACAGAGGCUUAUCACGACUGUGUCAAGUGCUUCUUGAUACUUUGUUUAAAAGUAAAAUGGAUUAUGAAAGUGCAAUAGACAACUGCACAUAUUUGUUAUGAAAUGAGGAUGUAGAAGGGUUUGAUUUUUUCCUUCAGUAUCACCUUUGCAGUUAAAACAUAUUUUCUAAUGAGUUUAUUGAGUUACUGAUUUCAAUAAUGUGAAAGCCUGGGUUGUGAUAUAGGACAGUAUAAACUAUAAUUCUUGAUAGACAUGAUGUAUCAUAGAUGUAUAGUUGUACAAGACAGUCUCUUCAUUUUAUUUUUUAAUGUUUGAUAUAUUUUACUGAAAAAAAUGUGUUUGUUUUCAUAAUUAUGAUAUUUUAAGUGUUUGUUUUCAUAAUUAUGAUAUUUUAACAUAAUUUUGUAGACCUUGCUGCUCAAAAUUCAUUUAUGAAUUAUAAAUAUGAAAUCAUUUUUCUCAUAAAAAUUACCUUUGGUAUUCAGGUUUUUAGAAAUCACAUUUUUAUGGAUGAUUUGUUGAACCUUAAGUAACAUCUAAGUUUGAUGUUGUAUUUUUUAUUCAAUGAAUAUUUUGGGAUUAUGAUGUAGUAUCAUGUACAUUUAAGUAAUUUGUCUACAAUUUAUGAUGUAGGUAAGAUGAUACUUUUUAGCCACUCUAAUUAACAAAAUUAAGAACUUUAAAUCAAUUUUAUAACUAGGUACAUACUUCCUUUAUAAAUAAUUUGAAUAAUUUGUUAAAUAUUUAGAAUGUGUCGUUCUAUUUCCUGGAUGAGACAAACGAUAGGAUGUGAUAAGGGUAUUAUUUAGCUAUUUCCUGGAUGAGACAGGAUGUGAUAAGGGUAUCAUUUAGGCUAUUUCCUUGAUGAGACAAAUGAUAGGAUGUGUUGUGGGUAUUAUUUAGCCUACUUUUUUACUGAAGUUUUAAGUUAAGUUUCAGAUUUAUGCCUAUUUUUAUGUUGAAGAAAUACAUAACAAAAAAAACAGAUGGUUUACAAUAGAUUAAGUUGCAUGAAAUGACUUGUGUGGUCAUGGAAAAGUCCCUUCCAUAUGUUUUCAUGAAGAAAUCACAUAUUUUGGUCCAUUUUCAAAUAGUUUUUAGACAAUCAAGUUUAUUACACAUGGAAGUACCAAGUACCUGGUUAACUUUACCAAAUUUUUGAACUCCACUCAUGUAGUUUUGUGGUACUUGCAUGUGAUCAAAAUUUCCUACUGAGAAAUAUUUAUCACAAUAUGCAAUUUUUAUGAAAAUAAAACUUUUGCUUUCUUUUAAGUGUAAAUUCUCAGUGAAUAUUCAUAAUGUUUUGAAGAUCUUGUAGUUUGAACUUUGCACAUAAUUGCUUAUCAUCUUAACACAAAAAUUAGCUGUUUUAUAUAACUGGAGACUCCAUGUAAUAGAAUAUCAGCUAAAUGAAUAUAUUUAAUCAAAGUUAUUACUGUAAAUUCAGAAAUUAUUGUGAGGUUUUUAUAAAUGCAAAUAAUGCGGCUGGGUGAGUAUCGCAAUAAUAAGAACUUGCAUUCCUAUAUCUGAAACAUUGUCUAUUCUUCAAAAAUCGCAAUAAUAAAUGCAUGCAAUAAUUUCUGAAUUUACAGUACUCAUUUCAGUAGGUUGAAUUCUUAAUAACUUUGUUGAGUAGAAAGGAUGUGCAUCAGACAUGAAUAACCAAUGUUUCAAGUCUGUAUUAUUGAUAUGAACUUAAUUUAUGGCUAAUUAUUAUACCCCACUCUAAAAGUGGGGGCUGUAUUGCAAUCACCUUGUCUGUCUGAUUGUCUGUUGUAAGACAAAUAUUUUCAUCACACUUUUAUCCCAAACUACUGAACAGAACGACUUCAUAUAUGGUCAGCAGCUUGACAUUGAUGAGUUGUAACUUUUGAGCACUUUUCAGAUAUUUCAGAUAUUUCAGACACCUACUUCCUGUUUGCUGAAUUUUGCAAAUGAUGAGUUGUAACAUGUGAGCGCUUUUUUUUUAUUGGACGAUACCUUUAACUAUUUAACAUGUUGACUGAAAACAAAUAUGUUUCUCACACUUUUUUUCAAAAACAAAAAAAUGCUUAGUAAAAUGACUUCAUAUUUGGUCAGCAGGUUGACUGUGACACUUUUUGGAUUUAUCAGACACCAACUUCCUGUAUUCAGAUGGGGGUAUGCUAUGCACGAGAAGAGGUAUGAUGGUAUGAUGGUGAAUGCAAAUGGUUUCCAUUUUGUCAACCUGUGUUUUUGUCUUGCCUUGAAGGAGUUGAAAAUCAAGACAUGGGUAUGCUGCAGCACCAACACUGUAUUAGUUUGUGAUUAAGUCAGUUUAUGGGGAACCACUAGUGGUAGGUCAAUGAUAUUUGGUAUGCAGUUGUAUUAGCAUUGGCACAUCUCAUUUCCAUGGAGAUUAUAUGGCUCUGGCCCCUCAUUCAUGGUCUAUUGACUUUGAAACUUUUGCUUAGUUUAUGUUUUAUUGUGUGAUAAGGUCAGUUUAUGGGGAACCACUAGUGGUAGUCAAUGAUAUUUGGUAUACAGUUGUAUUAGCAUUAGCACAUCUCAUUUCCAUGGAGAUUGUUUGGCCCUGUACCUUCAGUCAUGGUUCAUUGACUGACUAUUUUUCAUAACUUGCAUGUUAAAAGCAUUGCUUUUUUUGUCCCCACAUGACGUGUUUUGGGGGACAUAGAAAUACCGGGCAUCCGUCCAUCUGUCUGUCCGUCCAGUCUUGUUAGUGCUCUCACAUGUACAAUUCUUGCCAGAUUUUUAUCGAAAAUUAGUACCGAUCAACUGUUUUUAAAAAAGUUAUGCCACUUGGAAAUAUUAAUUAUAUGGAAAAUUUCAUUGUUAGUGCUUUCAUGUGUACAAUUAUUGCCAGAUUUUCAUUCGUUCAACAUUUGCAUUUUACUAUCAAAUUAACAAAAAGCCAAGACAUAUCUCUGUGUUAAGUAUGAUAUUUCAAAAUAAUGUUUUAGUUAUUGAGUUUGUGCAAGCUUACCUUAAAAAUUGAAUAAUGCAGACAUAAAGAUUUUAUCAAAGAAUUCUAUACCUAGCUGUAAGAAUGUUAAGCAUAAUUGAUUAGUAUGUAAUAGACGAUUUUCAUUCUGAUUAAGCAAAUGUUGUCAGGUUUUAUUUAUUUCUUGUUUGAUACAUUAGAAAGAUGGUACUCUAAUCAUGUAACAGUAUACUGCUCAACAAACAAA